AUGUCGGACACGACCAUUUUCGUUAAUGGACGCAUUUACAACUCGUCGCUUGACAAAAAUGCACAGCCUCCAGUUUUUGCCGAGUGCAUGAUUGUUGCCGACGGCGUGAUCCGGCAUGUCGGCUCCCAGACGGACGAGCCUAUCCGAGCCGCCCUGUCGUCCGGCGCCACCACCCAAGACGUCGCCGGUCGGUACAUCCUGCCUAGCUUCAUAGACGGCCACCUGCAUCUCCUCAUGGUUGGCCAGGCGCUGCAGAAAAUUAGCCUCGACCAUUGCAGGACGCUCGCUGACGUGCGCACCGCCAUUGCCGCUGGUGCAGCGGCCAAUCCCACUGCCAAACGCCUCUUUGUGCGUGGAUGGAUGCACUCGAUGACGCCCGAGGGCGUGGACUGCAGCACGCUAGAUGACAUUGAUCCGAGGCCAAUUUUUGUCGACACCAAGGAUCUGCACUCGACGUGGUGCAACAGCGCAGGGCUGGCCGAAAUUUGUCAGCUCAUGGGCUUGUCGGACGCGUCACCGGAUCCUGCAGGCGGUACCCUUCAGCGCGAUGCCCAUGGGAAACUAAACGGCGUCUUCAAUGAGGGUGCCGUAUUUCAGGUGAUAUGGCCAUUUGUUGCCAUCGUUGCCUCCAUGGAGGAAAAGAAAGCUUCUAUCCGCGAAGCCAUUGUGCACUUCAACAGCGCCGGCUAUACAGGCAUGGUUGACAUGGCCAUGGACGACAACAUCUGGGAUCCGCUCAUUGCUCUGCGCAAGGAAUCAGGCCUCGGCGCCAUGCGUAUCUCUGCGUACUGGCUCAUGAAGCCCAACGAGUCCCUCGAUGAGAUCCUGUCGCAAGUCGACCACGCGGCGGACAUGGCGCGCCAGUACAACGCCGCCACGACGCCAGACUGCCGCGUCGUCGGCAUCAAGGUCAUAUGCGACGGCAUUAUCGACGCUUGUACCGCGUCUCUCACGAAGCCCUACUCAAACGGUGAGAACCCGGACUCGCUGUGGUCCGAGGCCGUCCUGCACAAGGUGGUCGCCAAGGCCCAUGGGCUGGGCCUGCAGGUCGCACUGCACGCCAUCGGUGACCGCACCAUCAAGAUGGCCAUUGACGUGCUAGAAGCCAACACGGACGCCUCUCGCCGCCCGCGCAUCGAGCACCUGGAGCUGUCCUCGGCCGAAGACGCCCUGCGCCUCGGCAAGCUAGGCAUCACGGCCUCCAUUCAGCCCGUACACUCGGACCCCGCCAUCCUUCGCGCAUGGCCCAAGCUCAUCGGAGCGGACCGGUGCACCCGCGCCUUUGCGUAUCGCGAGUUUGUCGAUGGCGGGGCCACGCUCGCACUGGGGUCCGACGCGCCGACCGCGCCGCACCUCCCACUACCGAACCUCUACGUAGCGACGACGCGGAAGUCGUACAGGGAGCCCGAGUUGGAGACGGUGGUGAAUCCCGAGUUUGCGCUGACGGUCGCGCAGGCCAUCUCGGGCGCAUCGCACGGGUCCGCGUAUUCGUGCUUUGCGGACCACGCUACGGGUAGUCUAGAAGUCGGGAAGAAGGCGGAUUUCGUGGUGGUGGAUCUGGAACCGACGCCGGAGAAGCUGAUCAACGGUGUGGUGGAGGAAACUUGGUUUGAAGGGCGGAGGGUAUUCAAAAGGGAGUAG